AUGUUCUACCCGGCGCGUAACCACUGCGUCCACCGUAAGGGGAUCCCGAACCAGCUGCACCAGAUGCACUCAAAGGAGAUCGCGAACGGCGAUCAGUGCGACGGUAUUCGUCACGGCUGCGAGAGCGACUGCGAGGAGUGUACGAGCGACGGCUACGUCGAGGGCUGCGAGAAGAACGACGACGGGGCGAACGAGAUCGCUCACGUUGCUGCAUUCGGUCAGAAUCGUUGUAAUCGGGGUAUUCGGACAUCUUGA